AUGGGACAACGGUUGGCGCCAACGCUAGCCAUUGCUUUCAUGGCUAAGAUUGAGGCACCGAUUUGGGAAACACGACCUUUGCUAUAUUGCCGAUAUAUCGACGACUGUUUCCUUGUCUGUUCGUCUCAAGCAGAGAUGGACAACUGUUUCAAGAUUUUAAAUGAGCAGUCGGAGUAUAUAAAGUUCACUCAGGAUAAGCCCAAAGGAGAAUGGUUACCCUUCCUUAACGUCCAAGUGCAUAUUUCAAACAGAACGCACAGGACAAAGUGGUACCGCAAACCCAGUAAUAAAAAUAUCUUAGUUCACUUUCUUUGUGCCCAUCCCGCACAAGUUAAAAGGUCGGUAGUACGAAACAUGUUUCGCACGGCCACCUCCGUUUGCACUGGAAGAGAAGAAAGACGAGAAUCCAUCGAGCUUGCUAGGAAAAUUGCGGUCAGUAACGGCUACACAACUAUGCGGUCUAUCACAAAAAGAGCACAAACCCGAAAUAAAUCUGGUAUGGAGAAAGUACCCUUUUGUGUACCAUUUAUUUCCGAUGAGGUUAGCGCUGCUAUUCGGCGGUGUCUGAGGAAAGCUAAACUUGAAGAAUCUGUCGCCAUCGUGGAGCUCCUCCCUAGUAACCUUAAGCAAAUACUCAUUCGUAAUCGCCCAUAUGAUCGUAUUUGCACGACACCGGAGUGUAAAAUAUACCCGGAUAACAACGAGGGUGAUUGCAUGAGUUCAUGUGUUGUUUAUAUGAUUUGCUGUGUACAGUGUGGUGACGAAUACAUAGGAGAAACAGCUAGACCACUAUGUAUUCGAAUCAAAGAACACCUGGACGGCAAAAGGAAAUCAUGUGACUCCACUGCAUUGGGUGGUCACAGGGUGCGGCGUCAUAACGGAGAAGAUUUUGAAGUUAAGAUCACGAUUUUGGCGCGCGAACCUAGCAUUGCGGCGCGCAAGGCUCUGGAGGCUUUUUGGAUCCACUCCAUGAGUCCAAAAAUGAAUCGCAAGGAGGAAUGCCUCUCCAUUACGCGGGAACUCGCGCCUUAUUUAAGGCUGAUAUUUGAUUGCGCUAGUCACCUCACACCAGGUAUCUAG